UUCAAAACAAGCCACGUUGUUCAGUACUACUCGACUUUGACUGCUUCGCAACACCUUUAUGAACAGAACAAAAAUAAUUUCUCGCAAUUCAGUCGAAGGCAACGGACACGUAAACGUUUAAAGUACAGCGGAUAGCCCGAACACACAGAUUUGCAUGAGGCAGGAAUAGAGGAGCGAGCGUUCCCAUCCACAGACAGCGAAGAUGUCACAAAAUCAAUCCUACUUCUGGCAGACGACCAGACACAAUGUAUACCUGAAGCGCUCGGCCAAAUGGCACAUGGCGCUGGCCCUCAUGGUGGUGCUCACAUUCGGCACAAUAUGUGCGGCCGAGGCACAACCGGAUAGUGCGGACGAUGCGGUCAUUGAAUCCGGAAUACAAGGCAACCUGGAAAUGCAUGCAGAUUUGAACAAGCCCACGGACCUGAGCUCUUUAGCGGAGAAACCAAAGGAUGAUGCGGAUCGGCCAAAAUCGAGGGGAAACUUCCUCGAUGCGUUCACCGCAUCGAUCUCUGUUAUCCUACUGACAGAGCUAGGAGAUAAGACUUUUUUCAUAGCUGCCAUUAUGGCCAUGCGCCACCCGCGUUUAAUUGUCUUUGGUGGAGCCAUUUCCGCCUUGGCUUUAAUGACGGUACUCUCAUGCUUAUUUGGCUGGGCAGCUAACUUUAUUCCUAAGAUUUAUACGUAUUAUAUCUCAACUGCAUUAUUUUUAAUAUUCGGUUUGAAAAUGCUGUACGAUGGCUACAAAAUGAAGCCGACCGACGCUCAGGAGGAAUUGGAAGAGGUCCAAACUGAUCUGCGCAAGCGCGAGGAUGAGUUGAUGCGCAAGGCCAGCCGAAUGUACGAGGAUGCGGACGCCAAGCGAAAGAACAGCAACUCGGACAAGGAGGAUGCCAGCGAACAGGCGCUCAUCCAUGGGCGCAAUUCCCUUUCCACCGCAACAGGAGCAACCACUGUCGGCGAUUCCGACAUGCAGCACCGCCAGCGAAAGCAGCGCAACCAAAACCACCACAACAACAAUAACUCGACCACCACCACCAACCAUUCUAGUACUAAGCAAAAUAGCUGUGAUAAAACUGGCAACGAUGACGUCGACCACCACGAAUCGGAGGUCUUCCUCAAGGAGGGCGGCCGCAUUGUCGAGCAGCUGAAGAUGAAGUCCUUCCAAAGCAGCCCGGCCCACUCGGCGGCCUCAUCGAACCAGACCGAACAAACGAACUCCAUGGCCGCCUCUACGACCACCGUCGAUGUCCAGCUGGCUGGUCAUCCCACCGAUCCGUCCGCAGGCGGCGCCCCGGAGCCACGUGCUCCGCUGGCCGGACACGAAAGCAUGCAUAGUCUCAAUGGCAGCCUCAACGGGGACUCCGCCGGCAACGCCAAUGGCUCCCUCAAAGCACGGCUGGACCGUGAUGUGAAUGCGGCGCUGGUAAAUGACGCUGAGAGCGGUCGUCGUCGUCCACAAAAACGCGGUGCCACCUACUUCACCAUGCGUAUCCUGGCUCAAGCCUUCACUAUGACCUUCCUGGCCGAAUGGGGCGACCGCUCCCAAUUGACCACCAUUCUCCUCGCCGCCAGCAAGGACGUUUAUGGCGUAAUCACUGGCGGUAUUAUUGGCCACUGCAUCUGCACUGGCCUGGCUGUGAUUGGAGGUCGUCUUGUGGCUUCCAAAAUCUCUGUACGCACUGUCACCAUCGUUGGUGGCAUUGUGUUCAUCGGAUUCGCUGUCUACGCUGUGGCCAUUCCACCGGAUGACAUUUAAGCGAAAACCAUGGAACUCCACACGAGAUCGCCCGUUGACGACCCCACAAUUAAUUGAAGAUUUAGUUAUAGUUAAACUACCCCUAAUACCCUGUUUUCCUCCGAGGAGCAUCAGGCAAGGCGAGGAUUGUAUUGGUUAAUGUAAAGACCAAGCUUAGCUUGCUUGCCAAACAACAGAACGAAACUAAGGAAUAACAAAAGUGCCUUCAGUGCUUUUCGCUUUGGCCAUGACAUACAAAUUUAGUUCACACACAAUGAAUUCUUCUGUUGCCCAAUAGCCAAAUAACCAACGUAACUUUGUCCACAUUUUUAGUAUUGCUUUGAUUCAAACGUUCAGUUUCGGUUUCGUGUUAAGUAUUAAAGAUGAUUGUACAUACGCGUGCUAGUGCGAAGAGGUUGCCUAAUCUCCUCCGGGUUGGAAGCCUCCCACAUCCUUAUUUGCAUAUUUGUUUACGUAGCAGUGUUUACUUAAUAGAAACAACCAAAAUAUAACUUUGUAGAUUUGGUUAUUUAUGCGAUUUUUGUAUGAACAACUUAGUAAAUUGAGCAAAUUAUAAAAAGUUAAA